AUGGUUAAGCUGGGUCUGGCGAUGGUCGUGGGCGUAGCCCCCGUGCUGGUGUCCUGGUGGAGGUGCCAGGGUCCUUGGUUGCAACCUCUGUUGACUACAUCACCAUGUCUAGAGAAGCAGCCUAAACCAUGGCCAGCGAGACGGUCCCCGUCUUUGUCUGAUUGUCUGGAGAGCAGCGAUGAAGAUUCCGCUCGGUCUGUGGUCUGUCAUGUUAGACCUAAAUUGGUGAGUUUAAUACGCAUUAUCUCUAAUUGUUGCGUAAUUGUAAUGGUGUGCGAACAUUGUGAUAUCUUGAGUCAUCAAAACUAA